AUAAACUCAAACUGUUAUUGUUUCUGAAAGUAAAUGCUCCGGCUCAAUGUAGGUGGCAAGGAAUUUGUCACUUCUAAAGCGACUCUAACAAAGUUCGAUGGAUACUUCAAGAACUUACCAGAAAUUCAGCAAGUGAACCCGACUUCUCCAAUUUUCGUCGACCGCUCCCCGAAACACUUUGAAACCAUUCUGAAUUUUAUGAGAGAUGGUGAUGUGGAUCUUCCCCAAGAAUACCUCAAUCAGUUGCUCCGCGAGGCCAGAUUUUACGGAUUGGUGAAAUUAGUGAGAGAUUGUGAGCAAGCAAUUGCAAGAUUGGAUGUAGGCUCAGGCAGGCCAAGUGAGAGAGCGGAUCCGUUGUCAGAUAUCAUUUGCAACUGUAGAUCUACUUCAAAUAAUGUUGCUCCAGCCGUCGUGAAUUCUGAAAUAAAGCCUCCAAAUAAAGAGAAUGACCUAUCAAUUGCCUCAGUGCCGGAGUACGAUGCUAACCAAAACAUUGUCAAAAAUAGCGAGAAGAUGAUGUUGGAAAUCGAAAAAAUCCCGUCACCCCCAAAAGAUGCCAAAAUCGAAAAUUACGACGAUUAUUUGAAACUGGUGUUCUCCAAUAUCAUCGAUGCAGCUCGGGAUAAAAUCUCCAAUUGGGAUUUUAAAAAAGCCGGCGAGGCACUUCAAUUUGCACACCGAGGCAUCAGAGGGACCCUCUCGUUUCUGACUGAUUCUAGAAGACUUUGUGGCGUGGCAGCUUCAUCGUUUGCCGAAUUGCGUAAAUUAUGGACGUGGGUGUCCAGAGUCUUUGUUCCUGUUAGAAUAUAAUACAAACUUCUUUUAAAAAUUAAAACCUCUAUUUCUCCAUUUCUUCCCUAAUCUCACACCAAUCAACCUUUUCCCCUGCUUUACUCAUUCCUAUGGGAUAAUGUUUUCUUCACUGCCCUUCUUCCGACAUCGAUUUCUACUCAUUUAAAAGUUCAAAUUAUAUUUGCUUUAAAGGUGAUGUAGUAUAAUUUGUUUUAUUGCUUUAUUAGAUUGUCUGAAAACACCGAAUUUUAUAAUGAAACUUCUUGAAAA